AUGGGCAUCGAAGUGGUUGACCUCACCGAGGCCGAUAUCCCCGGUGCCAUCGAAGUCAUUCAGCGAGCGUUCGCAGAUGACCCAUACUUCAAGUGGGUUUUCGAUUCUUCCAAAUUCAACAAACAGAGAAACUAUGACUCGCUCUCUGCGCGUUGCAAUUGGGGUAUCAACAAUGCGCUAUUCCAAGUCGCGAAAGAGGCUGGUGAUAGUACUAUUCUAGGUGUUUCUUGCUGGUUGGCGCCGCAUCCAGCUACGCAGCCUGAGAGCUGGUAUAGUUGGUUUCAGUCGUGGAGUUUGUCAUUCAACCAGCUUAUCAAUAAUGUGCGGUAUUUUGGUCGUGGAGGGCUGAGGACGAAUAGGUAUUGGAUUUGGAAGGAAAGGCAGGCUGAAGCGCAGGGUGCUAUUUGGAAUGAUCCGCAAGGAUAUUAUUUCUGCAAUAUUGUUGCUGUUAAUCCUGAGGCGCAGGGGAAUGGUGUGGGGAGGUUGUUGUUUGAGGCUGUUACGAAGAGGGCAGAUAAGGAGGGGGUGAAGUGCUAUUUGGAGAGUUCGAAGAGUGUUCCUAAUGUGGCGAUUUACGAGCGCAUGGGCUUCGAAAUGAGGAAAGAGAUGGAGUGUCGGGAUGGGGAGGAUGCGUGCAUGUUGUACUGCAUGGUACGGAAUCCCAAGCUGAGUGAGAAUUGA